UAAUCUGUGGUGAGACAUUUGAGUUUAGUCCCUUCAUCCCCUCACCCUUCAUCAAACGUGUGUAACGCAACUUUCCUGCGUUGUUCAGCACCUUGUGAUUUGCAGUAAUAAUGUCGGAAAAAGAUGUUUGACUAAAUUCCAGAAAUUCCAGCACAGUGAAACUAAAGAUGAACAACAAAAUGCAACGCGCAAUCAACUAAUCAAUUCAUAACGUCAAGAUCCCGUAUAAUAUGAUUUUUAUUUGACCCAUUUAUUAAUGAUAGACUGUUCUCAUGUUUACUACCUGGUAUAUCGCGUCCGUGCAGCUCCGUGCGCGUUAAUUAGUCGUUUACGGCGCUGCUCUAAUUGAAGUGCCACGUUGUCUGACGGCGCCUGAACGUCGCACAACGGUGGCUGGUGCGUCUUGUGUCGUGACGCGCACUCGUGGAGGCGUGCCCGCGUCGGAAUCAGCUGGGGAAACAACAGAAGAGAGGGCGGCUCGGACCAGGAAAACCUCCAAACCAGUUAUGUUUAGGGUUCACUGUAAAAACCGGCCUGUUCAAACCGCGGCUGCAUUCGAGCAGAGCUGCAGCGGCGGCUCGGCACUCGCUGGGUUUCGCGAGACACUGGGCGAAGCAGGCAAUAAAGGGAAGUGAGAGGAGGAGGAUGUAAGAGCGCAGAAGUCCGACGGUGCGACGCCCGCGGUUUCGUGCGCUUCUUGACAGAGACGGGGAUCGCGGCGAGCAACUUUCCAUUCCCCGCGCGCCACUGUCCGGUUUGAGGAACCGGCUGAUCCACCGGCACAGUGGCAUGUUGUUCGGUUCCGGAACCGUCGGAAGGGCCCUCUCCAUGGAUAUAGAUACGGACUAUGAGCGGCCCAAUGUGGAAACCAUUAAAUGUGUGGUGGUCGGGGACAACGCAGUAGGCAAGACCAGGCUGAUCUGUGCCCGGGCCUGCAACGCCACCCUCACACAGUAUCAGCUGCUCGCCACCCACGUGCCAACGGUCUGGGCCAUCGACCAGUACCGUGUAUGCCAGGAGGUGUUAGAAAGAUCUCGUGACGUAGUAGAUGAGGUCAGUGUGUCCCUGAGGCUGUGGGACACGUUUGGAGAUCAUCACAAAGACAGACGCUUCGCCUACGGCAGGUCUGAUGUGGUGGUGCUGUGCUUCUCUCUGGCUAAUCCCAACUCGCUGCGCCAUGUUCGCACCAUGUGGUUCCCAGAGAUCAAGCACUUCUGUCCCCGGACGCCCAUCAUACUGGUCGGCUGCCAGCUGGACCUGCGCUAUGCCGACCUGGAUGCAGUGAACCGGGCACGACGACCGCUGGCCAAACCCAUCAAACCCACAGAUAUCCUCCCCCCGGAGCGAGGUCACGAGGUGGCAAAGGAGCUUGGGAUUCCCUACUACGAGACCAGCAUUGUAGCGCAGUUUGGAGUCAAAGAUGUUUUCGACAACGCCAUCCGUGCUGCCCUCAUCUCCCGUCGACACCUUCAGUUCUGGAAGUCCCACCUGAAAAAGGUCCAGCGACCCCUUCUCCAAGCUCCCUUCCUGCCGCCACGACCCCCGCGGCCCAUUGUGGGGAUCCCAGACCCGCCUCCCACCGAUGGCGAGGGCCCUGACUCGCUUUUCUGCCAGCCGCUGUGUGCAGAUGUGCUCUUCCUCCUGCAGGGCGGCGCCACUCGCGUCUUUGCGCACAAAGUCUAUCUGGCGACGUCCUGCUCCAAGUUCUACGACCUCUUCACCCUGGACCUCGGGGGAUCGUGCGCGGGGCCGCAGGGGGAGGAACAGGAGAGCAAGGAAAACACGGAGAGCGGGGAGGAAGACGAGCAGAGCAGGAGAGGAGCCAAGGAGCAAGCUGGGCGCACCAAGAGCCUGGACAUCGACAAGGAAGGGGCCGACGGAGGAGUGCGGGGCUUGAAUGGGCCCCAGCUGCUCCAGCAGGGCUCUCUGAGGACUUCCCAGAGCGACAACGCCCUCCCCUCUCGAGCCCAGUACUCGGUAGGAGCGCUGGGCACUGGUCGAGCGCUUUCAGGAUGGGGAAGGGGGUUUCUGAGCGUGUGUCUGGAGCAUAUUGAAGAUCCCAUGACUGGACGAUUGCGCCUCAUGACAGUGGUAGCCAUGGACGCUCUUAUACAGGAAGAGCCAUUUAAGGCCGUGCUUCAGUACCUGUACACGGGCAGCCUGGACGAGGGCCGGGGGGACCUGAUGCAGGUGGCCACCAUAGCAGAGCUGCUGGAGGUGUUCGACCUGCGGAUGAUGGUGGCCAACGUGCUGAACAGAGAGAGCUUCAUGAACCAGGAGAUCACCAAGGCUUUCCAUGUGCGCAGAGCCAACCGCAUCAAGGAGAGCCUCAACAAAGGGACAUUUGCAGAUGUGGUGUUCCGGCUGGAUGACGGCUGCCUCCCGGCCCACAAGCCCCUGCUCAUCUCCAGCUGCGACUGGAUGGCCGCUAUGUUCCGUGGCUCGUUCAUGGAAAGCUACAUCGAGGAGGUGCCUCUUCCAAACACCAGCACCGCCUGCAUGCGAGGAGUGCUGGAGUUCCUGUACUGCGGCCUGCUGACGCCCUGUCCUGGUCUGGAGCCCAUGGAGUUGGUCAUCCUCGCCAACCGGCUGUGUUUGCCCCGCCUCGUUGCCCUCACAGAACAGCACGCUGUGGAUGAGCUCCUCCAGCUGGCGCUGAAGGGAGUCGACAUUGACGGACAGGUGCUGGCCUACCUGGAGGUUGCACAGUUCCACAAUGCCAAGCAGCUAUCAGCCUGGUGUCUCCAUCACAUCUGCACUAAUUACAACAGCAUCUGUCGCAAGUUUCCCAAAGACAUGAAGGCGAUGUCUCCAGAAAACCAGAGGCACUUUGAGAAGCAGCGCUGGCCUCCCGUGUGGUUCCUGAAGGAGGAGGACCGCUACCUCCGCUCCCAGAAGGAGCGUGAGCGCGAGGAGGAGAUCCUGCACAAGCAGCACACCAAGCGGGGCUGGUGCUUCUGGAGACACCCGUCCUCGUCCUCACACAUCUCCUAAGAGGCUUCUCCUCCACUGACUGACAUAACCCAGGAAACCGGCCUCCUCCCAGACUCGCGCACCGGGAGCUCUGCCCUAGAGCGGGAGGAAGCUCGCUCGCAGUGCUCGUAUGCCUGAAUGUCAGCAUGUUUGGGGGAAUGUAUGUGCCUCUUUGUAGCUGUGGGUGAUCCGAGUGCAUUUUACGCUGGCGUGACGGGUGCGGACUGAACCGAAGGGUGUGUGUGCAGGUGUGGUUUUAUGACUGAGUGAUGCUUCCAAGUCGAGCGCUUACCAGCCGCACUGGCCUGCGAGGGUGUCCGGCGUCGCAGUGCAGCCCCUUGUCUCCUCCCUCCACCAGCACUCGAGUGGCUGGACUGGGAGCGUCCCAGUCUCCAUCCUUCACGCCGACCUUAAGGACUUUUACACAUUGGCCACAGCAGCUCCGGCUCGGAGAGCUUACCUCUGCCUUCACUAUCACACAGACUGUUAGCUUGCACACCCGCCCCCCCAAAACCAGCACUGGACUAGCAGGAGCGUACACUAACAUUUUGCUAUUGUUUGAUCUUUAAUAUAUAUACAUAUAUGUAUGUGUGUGUAUAUAUAUAAAUAUAUAUCCUAUGCGCCUUCUCAGACACUAUUAUCAGGGUAAAUGGCGCACACUACCCCCCGGGAAGGUUCGAGGACCUCAAUGGUUGCGAUCACAGCACCAGUGAUGAGACUGUUAGUCAACAGGUUAGGUGUAAACGAUGGUCGUAGCUGUUAGCUGUUAGCCUUCAGUAUAGUCCGGAUGUAGUCCGUAGUCUUGGUCACCCACCCACUCCUCUUUCUCCUGCGCUGCAAAAAAGUGAAAGACGAGCUGCCGUGCGAUGCGCGUGUUUCACCAGUUUGCGUUUCAGAGGCUUUUUAGGUGACUACUGCGUAACGAUGGAGGGGGUGACGAGGGCUAGCCUUACUUGAUACCUCUGCUCUGGAGGAACGACGCGUAGAGUAUUACACACGUGCUUGUAACGUCCAUCCUUAACCACUAGGCUGCGCUGAAGCACCUCGGCCAGCCUGCCUUUACAGCCCUUCACCACUAGGGGCAGCACUGCUCAGGGCCCUAGCACUAACCUUACCACUAACAGGAGUUUUUAUGCAUGUGACUUCUUCUCAAGUGUAAAUCUCCACUGUCACCAGUAUAACUUUGAUCCUUGCGAAGUGUUAGGAGGCGGCUGAAACACAUGCACAGUGUUAGCAGUGCAUUUAAAAACCUGCACCUUUUGAUUUCCACCGGAUUUUUUUUUUUUGAAUACCAAAGCUGUGAUUCUUUCUUCCUCACGUUCUUCUUUCUUCUUCUUCCCCCGCGUCCUUUUAUCAGCAAGAGAGGAUGAAGGUGAGGAGAGAGAGGGCAGAAAGGAGUCCCGCCCUGCGGUGGCGGGUGUCGCAGCUGGACGUUGCCUUCCAUUCCUCUUGCUGGAUUUGAAAAUGGUGCUUAAAACACAAUAGGACAGAGUCCACACGAACACUCUUCACACAGUUCUACGUUCACAGUUAAAGCAUCUGUCCAGCUGUGAAGUGUUUAUGUGCGGUGGAUUUGCAGAGGUGAUUUUACACACCACUUGUGUUGCUUUUCUGCUCGAACGUAACGCGUUCGGUCGUUCGUCCGUAUCAACCACUCGAUCCAGACUGAACUUUGCGCUUGCAGUCGUCUCAAGCGAUGCUUGGAUGCGUAGCUGCAUGCGUGCGCAGAGUGGCUUCUCCUCUUAAGGGUGCUAAUUUCCUUGGGCUCCAGUUCUGAAUGUGAAAACGAGGCUUGGCGGUGACGAGCGCCUGUUAGCACGUUGUGCUAUUUGUGGGUUCGCGCCCCUCGGCUUCACCCGGGAACGUGUGGGAAAUAGAUUGUGUGAGCCGCACGCACUCCGGGGGAGCCGCGUUAAAAUCACUGUCGACUGCCGGAUCGAAGGCGGACGGGAUCUCACGAGGCACAAGUGACAACCCGACUCACUGCUCCAUGAAAGUCUGGCUCUGCUGGCAUUUAAACCCCUUCCAGUGGGCGGCCGUGGGAAUUGAGACAUCACGCUGACGUGACUUUUUCAUUUCCCACAUUGAUACGAUUUGUCUAAUUAAUAAUUGGCUUCUCCCGCUGAGUCUCUUGUGCCUUACAGUUAGGCAAAAGUUGAAACGGAGUUUGGGAUCGUAGGCCACGGCGGCGUUCCAACUUAGCUUCCUUUUGCACUGUCAGACAUUGGCCCCGCCCUCAUGGAACAAAUGCAGGGUCCACUGAACCUGCUGCAUGUUUUGUGAAGACAAAGGCCUUGAAUCAAACUUUCUAAAGAGCGCCGUGCUGGAGUGCAGACCGGUCUGUUCUCAUGGCCUUUGUGUUGUUUUUUUUAAGUAGCUACUGGUUUGAGUGACUGGUAAAACAUAAGGUUGAGUCCUGUCCUGUGGAACCUUAACGCCGCUGACCGGCCCGUGCGCUCCGAGGCUGCGGCCACUCAUGGACUGUGGUAUAUUUGCAUGGUGGCCCGACUUUGCCACCUUCUGGAAUGCACUUUCUUCUUCUUCGUCUCUGCAUUUCUAUGCUUGGCAUGAAUUGUUCUUUCAUGUAAGAUUGUUUCGAAACAAAACAGAUGAUUGUAGCACAUUUUCACAAAGUCUGUUUUUCUUCCCAGAGGCCGAGUCGCUCGACUUGUCCGGCUCCUUGUUUAAGGUCUGUUUGAUGUUUAAACCCCCAGAUAGCAUUCUUCUUGCUAUGUGGCAUUAUGCACUUGUCAGUUUUUUCUAAAUUAAAUCAGCACAGCUUGAAGUAGCAUCUCUGUAUAUUGCAUUAACUCAUCCUUCCAGACUUGUAUGGUCACAGUCUUGAGUCAAUGGGUCAGUCUAGGUGGAGCUUUUCUUCCUUUGUAGGAGGCCUGACGUACAUUUUUUUUCAAACGUGAGGCCUAGUGAGUGAGAGAACGCAUUGUUUCUAGUGUCUUGGUGUCUUCUUUCCUGUGCCUUUGGUGAAUUCUCACUCUUUUGGCUUUUGUACAGUCUGUGCACCAACAGGAUUAUUUGCGUUGAUUAAGCCAAGAAAUACAUGCAUGUACCCACGGAAAUCCAGUAGGCAACCUUCUUCCAUGUGUAGUAUUUAGUGCUUUUGUAGACUGCCUCGUGGUUCCUCAUUGUUUUUGAAGCAUUAAGCAGAUACUAGGUCCUAGUGAUAACUUCCAGUGAUGAUGUAAUACAUGCUUUACAAGAUAAGUCAUGAAACAACCAAGAAACCAAGCAAACCAGCAAUGAUGAAAACAUGUUUUGGGACUUGACUUUCAGGUGCCUGCACUUUCUGUUAUGUAGCCUAAUAAGUCUUUUCUUGAUGAAAACUCAAAUGUCUUGUUACUUUCCACUUCCUCGUGCUCGGUUUCUUCCUGAAACUAACGGAUAAUUGUUUCCUACUGCUUCCACUGUUUAGCUGCAGUUCAGUAAAUUUCAAUCACUUAAAAGCAGCAUGUUCUCAGAAACGAGCGCCUGGUCGGAUUAAUAAACAACUAUAUAUAUUAUGCUUUAAUGAAAAUAGUUGUUAUCCAAAAUACAGUACAGUGUUGUAACUUUGAAUUAAUCUCUCACUUUAUGACUGCUUACCACACUGUAUUUAUGUACUAGGCUGGCGUGUACAUAGUGUGUGCACCGAGCGGCAGGAUGUGUUCAAACAGACAGACAUGGUGUUAUUAACCCCAGUCUAUUGCGUCAUUUUAAAGUGUAUUAGAUAUACUGUAUAGUAUUGAUAUGCAAUUAUGUUUCCAUUGACUCAUUUACUGCUAGUGUUUAAAACAAUAAGAGGCAAACAACAGCAUACCACACUUAAAAGUUAUUAAGGGCUUUCAAGAAAAUAUACAACAAUCAGAAUGUUUUGCUGCUGUUGCAAAAAAUGUUUUGAGACAAAAACUUUUAAUAUUUUUUGAACCACUGUGAUUUGUACAAAAAUUACAAAAAGAAAAGUAGAAAAAGGAUUUUGUUCUUUUUUGCCAUUUCAGUAUUUUGAUGUUUGACAUGAAUUUUAUUAAAACUGUUAAUCUUUUGAAA